UUCACAUUUUUCAAUCACAACACCCCAAAGUGUGCAGCAGACCCCGACAUCUUCAAUUCAUCCAAACUCCCCAAGCAAUAAGCCAAGAUGCCUCGUCAAGGAAGAUCCGGUGGUGGACGAGCUCCCUCCCGCCCAUCCGCUGCUCCUUCAAGACCAGCUCCACAACAGCAAAGUCGACCAGCAACCACCGCUGCCUAUCCACCUGCACGAGCGAACCAAGCUGCACCACCAGCUCAGCAAGCCCAACAGCAGCAAGGCUCUUCCGGUCCCGGUCUGUUUGGACAGAUGGCUUCUACAGCUGCAGGUGUAGCAGUCGGCUCCUCCAUCGGACACGCAAUCGGUGGAUUUUUCGGUGGCGGAUCUUCUCAACCUGCUGCUGAGCAACAACAGGAUAACGGUGUUGCGGCAACCAGCAACCAGCAAAACACUGCCUGGGGACCACGAAGCUGCGAGGUGGACGCGAAGCAGUUCACCAAGUGUCUAGAUGAGAAUCAAGGAAACAUGCAGGUCUGCAGUUGGUAUUUGGAGCAAUUGAAGGCUUGCCAAAGUGCAGCCAGCCAGUAUUAGAGAAGGAUACCUAUCUCCGAGAAAUUUAUAAUACUGGCAACAGAGAUUGCAUAAGCAUUGGGGGUGCAUUGUGG